UCUUUGUCGAACCGUGAAGGAGUUCUUCCGUUUUACACCGGAAGUUGUCUGUGUUUCCGUGGCGUUCGACGAGUUUCUGUCGUUGUGCUACGAUUUUUAGCUGCACUUCAGUAAAAGGGUUUUGUUCCUAAAUCCGCUGCCAUCAUGAAACUCGUUCGAUUUUUGAUGAAAUUGAGCCAUGAAACGGUUACCAUUGAGCUGAAGAAUGGCACCCAAGUCCACGGCACCAUCACAGGUGUGGAUGUGAGCAUGAACACUCACCUGAAAGCGGUGAAGAUGACCCUAAAGAACAGAGAGCCCACUCAGCUGGAGUCACUGAGCAUCCGCGGCAACAACAUCCGCUACUUCAUCCUGCCCGACAGCCUUCCCCUCGACACCCUGCUGGUAGACAUUGAGCCCAAAAUCAAGUCGAAGAAGAGAGAGGCGGUGGCCGGCCGUGGACGUGGAAGAGGACGUGGCAGAGGAAGAGGAAGAGGACGUGGAAGAGGCGGGCCAAGGAGAUGAAUCGUUUAAGUCUCCCUCGUUUUUCCAGUGUGUACAGGACUUGUUUUUCCCAUUUGGAAAUAUUGAUUCAUUUUUCUUUUGUACAUUAAACUCAACUUUUUUGAAGAGUGCUUUUUGUCCUUCAGUGAAUUAAUUGUGUGACUGGAAAUAUGAUGUGAGGGAAAGUGACAAGUUUAUAUUAUUAGUUUUUUUUUUUUUCUAAUGAUAUUCAGAGUUAAGGUUCUGUGGAUUCAAAUAAUCAAGUAUUAUUGAUGUGUCGCCUUGAGCCGGAUUGUUUUUGCUCUUUAUGUUUGUGUUCUCUGUAGUCGAUUAAAUGCAAGCGAAGCUACUUUUUAAUAAUAAAACACAGGAAACUAUGUACAGUGCAGUUUAUACUGCAUACAUAUCAGCAAAGAAAAUAAAACUUUUGAGGACAUCUUUA